AGAAGGCAAGAUUUUUUUUCCUAACAUCAUUUCGAAUAACUUUUUAAAAAUUCCACUUUUACAUGAAUCAAGUUUGAUUACAAAAUUCGACUGCGUUUAUUAUAAAAAUUUCAAACCACGUGUUAAAAAUAUUCUACAAGCGAUUACUGUAGCAAGUGGGUCUUCUGAUAUUGUUUAUGGAAAGCAAACUACUGCUCAUUAAUAUUAUAGAUUCCAUCGCGUUUCAUGAACGAAACGUAUCUAUCGGGGCCACCACCCCAAUUCGCUGUCGCGUGCCGCGCGAUCUCACGCUCGCCCGGUCUAUCCUCCCUCAUUAGGUAGUCGCAGCAUGAUCCGUACCGAGGCCUCAAUAAUCGAAGACCAUACUGAACGAAAAGAAAAUCCACGCCCGAAUGGAAGUGGGGGAGUGUUCGGGUACGUCACUAUGAGACUCUUCAACAUACGUUGUGGGAUUCGACGAUAGGCCUCGUAUAAAUACCGUACUGCCCAACCCAAUGGCAUCAGUCGUCGUGCUGCGAUCGUCCUUAUUCAUUAUCCACGAACAAGUGUAUAACACAAAUUUUCCUCAAGAGUCUUCACAAACGGAUAUACCUUCUACUAACACUAUGAAGUUCUUCAUUUUGUGUGGUCUACUAGCGUUGGUCGCUGCACAGCCAGCUAAGAAUGAAAACUGGAAGAGUGCCAUGGACGAGAUGGUAGAUCAAUCCAGGUCUGAAUGUUCGCAAAAAAAUGACGAAAUUGCUUGCAUGAAGUUCAAGGUGUUUAAUCUGCUUGAUCAAAUCUUCAGCAAAGAUAACUUCAAAAUAUCCGAGACGGUGGAAGUUACACGUAAUUCGUACCCCGUCGAAACAACGUCUGCCCGUAGUGAGGAUUCUUUCCUCGAUACUGUACAAUCUUACUUGACCUCUCAUGACGUGACCUUUAAGCUGCCACUAGACUCCACUGUGAAGGUGAGCUCGCGCAACAUCGAAGACGAUCAGCUCACCUUCAAUGUUAAGUUUGGCCAGGGCCGUGCCGUUGAAGAGGCUCGUAGAUCCAAGCUGAAGAAAGUUAUCAUCCCUAUCCUCGUAUUCGUCUUACUGAAGGCGAUGACUCUGAUUCCUCUGGCCAUCGGUGUACUCGGUUUGAAAGCCUGGAAUGCCCUGCAGCUGUCGUUUUUCAGCUUCAUUGUGUCCGUCGGUAUGGCCAUAUUCCAACUCUGCAAAAAAAUUGCCGCCGAUACCCAUGCUGCGCCCAUUGCUCACGGAUGGGAAUAUCAAACUCAAUACAGAUCUUUCCAGGAUCAGGAUCAACACUCGACAGAAUCACAAUUUGCACACAAUCUUGCAUACUCUGCUCAUGCACAAUCUUAAUGUCACUAUCGACCUGUAGACGCUUUUGUAAAAUACUUAGCUUCCUAUUUUUACUGUAUAUUUAAUAAAUUAUUAUUGCAAGUCAUUUCAA